UGGCACUGUAGACUCCAUGUUGCCCAGCAGCGAGACCUCAGGGAAGCCAUCCAGUAGUGUGCUUACAUUUCCAAGGAUUCCGCUCAAGGAGUUGAAGGAAAAAACACCUAUGGAGGCCAUUGUAGAAGAAAAAGAUGAAAAUGGAGAGAAUGGAAAAGGGAAGCACAAAUUAAAUGAUGGUUCAGACAAAACAGGCCUCAGAGGUAGGCCAAUGAUUCUGGCACGUUUUACUGCUGAUGAGUCUAGCCAUAGUGUUUGGUGACUUCUGUGCUCCAAAUAAAGUUAGAAUCACGAAUAA